AUGUCGCGCAAGGACGAUGUCAAGGUCCAUGAUGGCCAAGUCACUGUCAAUGUUGAUGACUUCACCAGAACCCGUGAAAGUGUUCUUGUCAGCUUGUCUAAUCUGCAGGCCGCGGUCUCCGAUCUGACUCGCGCCUAUAUCAACCAUACCAACACUGUGUUGAACCCUAGUCUCUCUACGCUGGACUUGGGCCACGCUAGCAACAUCACUGCUGCGCUCUUGGAGAAUGGAUUGCUGGGUGCGCGCUCCAGCAGCCCUGGCGCCAAGUCCGAGGUUGGCGAGAAGAAGAAGCGCAAGCGCGCUCCUCCUGACCCGAACGCACCCAAGCGUGCCCUGACCCCUUACUUCCUGUACAUGCAACACAACCGCCCCCUCAUUGCGCAGGAAUUGGGCCCCAGCGCUAGGCCCAAGGAUGUGUCCGACGAGGGCACUCGUCGCUGGGCGGAGAUGCCCGAGGCGCAGAAAGAGGUUUGGAAGAAGCUUUAUGCCGAUAAUCUGGCCGUCUACAAGGAAAAGGUCAAGGCCUACAAGGCCGGUAAGCCCUGGACUGAGGAUGACAACACCAAGGCCGCCAGCCAGCUCCAGCAGGACAUUGCUGGCGCAUCUGCCUCGGGUGGCGAAGAGUCCGAGGAGCAGGAGGAAGAAGUGGAGGAGGACGAGGAGACCGAAGAGUCCUCUCCGGAGCCGGUCAAGGAGCCCACUCCGCCUCGUAGCAACAAGCGCCGCCGCAGCGAGGUGGUGAAGACUCCAUCCAAGAAGAAUGAAUCCCCCGAGAAGAAGAAGCGCACCUCUGCGCGCAAGGGCAAUGAAAAGGACAAGGAGGAGGAACCACCCGCCUCGACUCGCAAGGCUGCUGGCGCCGACGCCACCGCCAAGCGCUCCAAGAAGAAGCGCAAGAGCGAGGUUGGCGGUGAUGAGUAA